UGAAUAUGGAAGUGCGAUCUUAAUAUCGUGUCGUACGAUCGGAUGGUGUAACGCAAUUUCGCACGCACGUAGAAUAAUCGUUAUAUUUUGAUCAGUUAACUGAAUAAUGAUAAUGGUUUUCCCGUGGCAAACUUAGUUGCAUCGCGUACGUUGUGUAGUGACGACUUUAGCGUGUUUGGUGAUUAAAAGUUAUCAGUUUAGUCAGCUACAGUGAACAUGGCUCAUGACGUGAAGGGAAAAGUUGUGGUUAUAACGGGAGCAGCCGACGGUUUGGGGCUGGCUAUGACCAAAAGCUUCCUACAAAAAGGCGCCAAACUAGUGAUAAGCCUCGAUGUCAACGAGAAAGCCGGAAAAGAAGCCGAAGCAUCUUUGAAAUCUGAAUAUGGAGACGAGAGGGUUGUUUUUUACAAAUGCAACGUCCAAACAGAUUUGGAAGCUAUUUACAACAAAAUCAUUGCUGAAUACAAAAAUGUUGAUCUUCUUAUCAACAAUGCAGGUGUACUUGAUGAACUGAAUAUUAGACGUACAAUAGAAAUCAACACCAUAGCUCUAAUGGAGUGGACCGUACAGUUUUAUGAGCACAUGAGGAUUGACAAAGGGGGGAAAGGAGGAACGAUCAUAAAUGUAUCAUCAAUUUAUGGUUUCAGAGUCUUGCCCUACAGUCCUUAUUACCAUGCAUCUAAAUUCGCUGUGGUUGGAUUCUCGAGAUCUUUGGGUCAUGAAGAUAAUUUCAAAAGAUCUGGUGUUCGUGUACUUACCCUGUGUCCAGGAUUGACACACACAAAUAUGGCUAACGAUCCUCAAAUUAAGGAAGAAGCUAUGGUGCCGCAGUUAAAAGAGUGUUUGUUGGCACAUGACUGGCAAACUCCUGAAGAUAUCGGUAGAGGCACAGUCGAGAUUUUCGAAAACGCCGAUACUGCUACCGUGUGGCUCGUAGAAGGUGCAAGACCAGCUGAGAAAUUGAAGUAUUGAUAAUUUUCUUUACAAAAGGACUAUUUUGUAACUGUCUAUUGUUAAAGAAAUUAAAAUUUUGCGUUAUGAAAUA